AUGUCCGACCUCCCAGCACCAAUCUUCAAACGCACGAAAUCACGUCCAAACCGAGCUCGCCCACCUUCACCAGAACCCGAAAAUGCUACAGAGGAUAAAGACUCAGGUACCGGUGCGAUGGGCCUCGUGGCCAAGGUGAAGAGUAAACAAAAAGCACGCGCAAAGCCGCCAGCGGCAAAGCUGAGUUUUGGGCAAGAUGAAGAGGGUGAUAGUACCGAAGGGGCAACGGCGGCACCCAAAGUGCGCAAGUCUAAGUUGGCUAACCCUUCAGCCAUUCGAAUGCCCGAGACACUCGAACAGGCAACGAUCUCUAACAGCGGGCCCGUAUAUGACAAGGCGUAUCUCGACCAACUCAAAGCAGCCACAAUGUCUGCACCACCAGCAGCUGCACCCGAUGGGGACGUGGAAAUGACUUUGGACAUUGAAGAGGCGGACGGAGCCAUGGUUGUCGAUACUGGAGAUGUAGGAGACGUAUUCGACGCCCAACAUACUAAAAUUCCGCUCUCAUCUGCAGUCAUCGAGGCCAAAAAGAAGCGCGAACAGAUGCGUGUGACGGGUAAAACUAAUGUACCCCAGCAAGACGAAUUCAUCUCCCUCUCGCUCACAAGGCGAGAUGAGGACGCGUACCAGGGCCCGCAUCCUGAGAGUCGACUACAGCGAGAAGACGACGAUCUUGGCGAAGGGGAUGACGACGAUGCCGAGUAUACUGGUGCACAGGAAAGGAUUGCUCUUGGAAAGAAGGGCCGGAAGGAGGCUGAGAGAGCAAGGAAAGCGGGAAUGUUGGAGAUGAUCGAAGAUGUGGAAGACGACGAAGAAACUCGAGAAUGGGAGAUGGCACAGGUUCGACGAGGAGGCUCGAAUAAUCGCAACGAAGUGGUGGAAGAGAAACCAGUGUACAAGCCACAUGCUAUUCCGGUACAAACACCAGUCCCAACACUCGGUCCUGCCGUUGCCCGCCUCACUCAGGCACUCACGAAAUUAACCACUUCGCAUGCAGCAAAUACAAAAACCUUGACAUCGCUAGGAGACGAACGGUCGUCCCUGGAGAAACAAGAAGCGAGGCUGCGCGAACUUGUUACCGAGGCGGAAGACAAGCGAGCCUGGUUUAGCGGGUUCAAGGAAUGGAUGGACAGCCUGGCUGAUUUCUUGGACGAAAAGUUCCCAAAAAUCGAGAAAAUCGAAGAAGAGUUUAUUUCAUUACUUGCGGAACGAGCAGAAAUGAUUUCUAAACGACGUCUCGACGACAUGAGUGAUGAUCUCUCAUUGUUCCUUGGUGCACCUUCUGCGGGGGAGGAAAUGGAAGUGGUCGACGAACUGGGACGAACAGUGCCAUCGAGCACAGCUCCUCAAUCUGCAGUUCGCAGAGUCCGUCGCGAGGCCCGACAAUCUCGUCGCUCUACUCGUCCUAGCCACGCCGAAGACCAGGAGGGGUAUUCGACAGAUGGUUCACUGGGCUCCUCCGACGCGCAAGACCUCACUCAAGCAAUCGCCCUGUGCAGGACCAAGGCCUCCUCUGUAUUUUCAGACGUCACGGCGGAAGAGUUCAGAGACCCCCGGAAGGGAGUUGCCAAGUGGUUUGGAGAAUGGAGGGAAAGAUGGGGAGAUAGUUAUACUGGUGCUUGGGGCGGACUGGGUGUGGUCGGUGCUUGGGAGAUGUGGGUUCGGUUGGAAGUCUUGGUUUGGGAUCCGGUAAUUGUAGGUCUCCUGCGUGCUCCACUUGAUUUUGUCCCGUUUGUAUUAAUUGGGUGUGGUAGGAUCGCCGAACACUUGACUCCUUCCGAUGACCUGGUACUAUCAAUGACAGCCACCGCUAUCAUCCCCCGCCUGUCGAAACUCAUCCAAGCGGGCGCACUGGAUCCCUAUAGCGGGAAGCACGUCAAACGACUGCGGGACGUGGUGGAACAAAUCGAGGCGAUCGUGCAAGUUGAUCCAGCCAAGCUCAACCCGCUGUUGGGAGCAUGCAUUGAGCCGUUCCGAAAGGCGGUGGACGGGCUCCACACGCAGCUUGGCGAAUACAAUCUCGGAGCGGCUGUGUUUGACCCGGAGGGUAUUCCCGCACGAACGAGGUAUCUAGUCAGAGUGUCAAAGUUGGUUGCGAACUUGGUGGCGUGGAGAAAGUAUACGGGUGAAAAGUUUGGCGUUGGGGAGCUUAUUGAGCGAGUGCUGAGCAAGGUUAUGCUACCUGUGGCGGAAGGCGGUUGGGAAUUUAUCCGGCGACCUAAACUUACGCUAGGCCAUACAGAAAUCAAGGAGGCGACGAAUCCCAAGUCGCUCGGAACGUCACCUGCACCUUCGUCGCGGUCGACGACACCCACACCCGGAAACCCAGACCCCGAAUCAGGCCCACUGGCGCGCACAGGCCUUUUGCUGAUUAAUGUGCUCGCUGCACGCGGGCUCACCCUCCCCGCGGGGGUCUCCAUGCCCCCAGCAGUCGAAAAGGCACUCAACUCACAGCAGGCACAGAUCGCAGCAAGCGUAACCAGCUCCAGUGUCUCCCAGCGCCAGCAAGCAAAGGGCCACAAGACCCGUGAUUCGAUGCAGAGGAAGCAGUGCUGGUGGUUGCCAUAUGUUGUGCUCGAGUUUGACAAGAACGAAGUGCUUAUUGACGCGUUGGGAGGAGAAAUCGCUGCGCCGGUCUGGAUGUAUCAGACUAAUUUCGACGUUUCGCGAGCAUCCGAGAUUUCGCUCCAGAUCUAUUUGCGUUCCGGAUCCAGCAACGCGACCACCAAUGGCAGCGAUGACAUGGGCAAAUCCGAUAUUUUCUUGGGCAACGUCAAGCUUACCCCUGACUUUGAGUUGACUGCAAGUCCCAUUCCAACUCUUGUCUUUAUAAUUGCUUACGAUAACUACCAGGGAGUAAAAGACGAGUGGCUCCCAGUUGCAGGCGGCUCUGGCCAGAUCAACGUGCAAGUAUCGUACAAGCAACAAUCCAACGCUGCCCUUACCAUUGAUUCUUUCGACCUUCUCAAGGUUAUUGGAAAGGGCAGUUUCGGAAAGGUCAUGCAAGUCCGUAAGCGCGACACGUCUCGCAUAUACGCGCUCAAGACGAUUCGCAAAGCCCAUAUUGCAUCGAGAGGAGAGAUCACGCAUACUCUUGCCGAAAGAACAGUUCUUGCUCAGGUUAACAACCCAUUCAUUGUUCCCCUCAAAUUCUGUUUCCAGUCAGAGGCUAAACUAUACCUAGUUCUAGCGUUCAUCAACGGUGGAGAGCUCUUCCACCAUCUCCAACGAGAACAACGUUUCAAUGAAGAGCGCAGCCGAUUCUAUGCUGCUGAGCUUUUGUUGGCGCUCGAGCAUUUGCAUGAUUUCAACGUUGUCUAUCGAGACCUGAAACCCGAAAACAUUCUUCUCGACUAUACGGGCCACAUUGCGCUUUGCGACUUUGGGCUCUGCAAGCUCAAUAUGUCUGAUUCGGACACUACCAACACAUUCUGCGGGGUAUACGUGAGUGCACCACUGUCACUAUAUGCCCUCCUUCUGAAAGGAACACAGGAAAUCGGUCGAUUGGUGGACACUUGGCGUACUGUUGUACGAGAUGUUGACUGGAUUACCUCCAUUCUACGACGAAAACACCAACGAAAUGUACCGCAAGAUCUACAAGACCCUCUCCGCUUUGGCGACGAAAUCGGCCCCGACGCACGCUCGCUCCUCACCGGCCUCCUCACCCGAGACCCCGCGGCGCGCCUCGGCGUCAACGGCGCGGAGGACAUCAAAAAGCACCCGUUCUUUGCGAAAAACAUCGACUUUAAGAAACUCGUUCAGAAAAAGAUUCAGCCGCCGUUCAAGCCGAGCGUCGCGAGCGCGAUCGACACGAGCAACUUUGACGACGUGUUUACGAGCGAGCAGCCGCUUGAUUCGGUCGUGGAUAGCAGCGAGCUGGGUCAAAGUGUGCAGGACAAGUUUGCUGGAUUCUCGUACGACGGUCGAGAUGCGAAUGGGAAUUUGACGGCUACUGGGCAGAGCUACAUUGGUUAG